CACACACCUUAUGGUAAGAGGGAAAGUAGUCGCAUCGUAAAGUUGGAUAUGGUUGUGGCGUGUCUACCUGCCGACUAAAGUAAUUCCAAAGUGUUUUAUAAUGUGUGAAAAUGCCUCGGAAGUUGCUGAAAUUUUUAAUUCUCUUUGACAACACAUCUUUGUUGUACUUCCCCGGACAGUUCUUAUCAGGCAGAGUUCUCAUCGAACUUCAGGAUGACACGCCUGCACUCGGACUACAUUUCCACGUGGUGGGGGAAGGAGUGGUGCGGGUUCGCAGCUCCCGCCAAGAGAGGGUGUACGACCGAGAAAAUUACAUAGACUUUAGAAUGAGGCUUUUAGGCGAACCUGGUCAAGGUCCUUCAGUAUUAUCUCCCGGAAUCCACAGCUUCCCCUUUAAGCUGGGACUUCCGUUAGGCUUACCGUCAACGUUCUUGGGAAAGCAUGGAUGGGUGCAAUACUUUUGUAAAGCCGCUCUGCGCGAACCAAAUGGGCUAACACACAAAAACCAACAAGUUUUUAUUGUGAUGAACCCAAUCGACUUAAAUCUAGAACCGUCCAUUCUAGGCAACAUUUCGGGACAGGAAACGUUUAGGUGUGAAGUUGAACACAAAUUCGGUGUUAGUUGCGUUGGCUCUGGGCCCGUUGUUUGUAAAGUUACUCUAGAUAGAGGAGGCUACGUUCCUGGUGAAAGUAUAGGUGUCUCUGCGAGUGUUUACAAUCGAAGUAGAGUUACCAUUAAAAGUACAAGAGCGGCCUUAACGGAAAGUAUAACGUAUAUGGCCAGAGGCAAAGUAGUCCAGUCUGAAAAAAGAGAGUUGGCUUGUUUAACAAGAGGUAAAAUCAGGCCAGGAGAAAAGGAUGAAUGGAUUAAUGAACAACUUUACAUUCCUCCUCUACCACCAACAAACCUGCGAGGUUGCCAUUUAAUUAAAGUGAACUAUGACGUCUAUUUUAUAAUAGAACCGAAAAAUCUUCAAAAGGAAGUUAAACUUCAAUUACCCAUCAUGAUGGCCACUUACCCGCUACGGUCAGAAGACGAAGAGGGUGCUUUCAAAUCAGGAACCCACUAUCCAUCAACUUUACCUAUAUUUAGACCAUGGUUAGAAGAUAAACCAUCAGUUGAUUGACGUUAACGAUAAUGUUAGGAAAAACUAAUGCAAUGUGCCAACAUAUACAUAAUAUUAAGAAAUACGGGCAACAUACACAUCAACAACUCAAAAAAGGAAUGUCCUCCUGUCUAGAAGUGUUGAUGAUUUUAUGUGCCCCUAGUCACAUAGUUUGUGGCACGAAUAUCGUUCUAGAAAUUAAACUUGAGCUCUAAUUUUGUAAACACAGUAUUAUAAAAUUUGAAUCAACGAUUCCUGUAUUUUAAAAAUAGUGUACUUCCCGGUACUGUUGCUUUCAACACAAACUAAUUUGAUACUAAUGUAAUAAAAUUGUCACACAUGAAUGGUAAAAAAUGUAAUGAUAAUCCAGUUUUAACUUGUAUAAAUUACGCUUAACAGUAACGGCCUUUUGUUAUAUAAAUAUAGAACAUCUAAAACAAAUAAAUUUGUAUGAUUGA